AUGUAUUUGGAAACUAGAAGGGUUAUUUUUGUUCUAUGGAUUUUUCUCCAAGUUCAAGGAAACAGAGAUCUCUCCAUUAAAAUAUACCGUUCUGAAACUAAAGACAUAGACAAUGCCCCGAGAAUCAGAACAACCGAAAAGACGGCAAAAAUGCACAAAAUGUCAACCAUGAGACGAAUAUUCGAUUUGGCAAAGCAUCGAACCAAAAGAUCAGCAUUUUUCCCAACUGGGAUUAAAGUCUGUCCACAAGAAUCCAUGAAACAGAUUUUAGCCAGUCUUCAAGCUUAUUAUAGAUUGAGAGUGUGCCAGGAAGCCGUGUGGGAGGCAUAUCGGAUCUUUCUGGAUCGCAUCCCUGACACGGGGGAAUACCAGGACUGGGUCAGCAUCUGCCAGCAGGAGACCUUCUGCCUCUUUGACAUCGGCCAAAAUUUCAGCAACUCCCAGGAACACCGGGAUCUUCUUCAGGAGAGAAUAAAACAGAGAAACUUCCUUGAGAGAAAGGAAGAAAUAUCCACAGAGGAUACAUUAGGAGAGCCUGGUGGAACCCCUGUGUUUUCAGCAGACGUUGCCAGUGUCUCGCUUGGGCCCCUCCCUCUCCCUCCUGAAGACACACUCCUGAACGAAAUCCUCAAUGAUACCCUCCCGGACACCAAGGUGCCUACAACAAUAGGAAAUGUAGAAAUCACUGAUGUUGCUCGGGACCUCCUGGAGCAGAAGGUGGAGCUGAGCAUCUCUCUGACAAACCAGAGAUUCAAGGCAGAGCUCACCGACUCCCACUCCCCGUAUUACCAGGAGUUUGCAGCCAAGUCCCACCUUCAGAUGGAAAAGGUAUUUAAGAAACUUCCCGGAUUCAAAGAAAUCCACGUGUCAAGAUUUAGACCAAAGAAAGAAAAAGAUGGGUCCAGCUCCACCGAGAUGCAGCUCACAGCCAUCUUUAAGAGAGACAAAGCAGAAAUAAAAAGCUCUGCGAGUGAUCACCUAUCUUUUGAUUCCAACAAAAUUGAAAGUGAAGGAGACCCCCAUGGGACGGUGGAGGAGGACAAGCAGACGGAAAUCUAUCCCACAGCUUUGGAACUCAGAAAGCUGAUCAUCAGAGCGCUCGAGGAAGACCAGUCCUUGGACGUGGGGGCAAUUCAGUUCAUGGAUGAAACUGUUGGGUCAUUGCCAGACUUCCAUCCUGAUACCUCGUCAGUGCUGCCCACACUCCUUGCUGAUAUCACAAAGGAUGCUACUUUGAGCCCGGAACUUCCUCUUGGUCAACCCAGGCUUGAGACAAUGGACAGAGCAGGACACGGUCUACCUGACAGUUCCCGGUCUCCACCUGCUGUGGCCUCUACCUCCUUAUCAGAAACUCCAUCUUUCUUCACUGCAUCAAGCAUCUUCUCUCUGACUGAUCAAAGUACCACCGACAUGAUGUCCAUUGACCAGACAGCACUAAUCCCACGGCUAACCAUCCCCACUGAUGAUUAUUCUGCCAUCAGUCAGUUGGCUCUGGAAAUUUCACAUUCGCCGACAUCUUCAGAAGACAGCAGCCAAGAUACAGCCAGAGGCUUAGAUGGGCUGGAUCUCGUUAACGCUCCCUUCUCAGAGGUACCAGGAUUCAGUGGGUAUGUUUCCACCCCAGAUGGCUUCUUGGAAAGCACGACUCCUGACCCAGCUUUGCGGUACAUCACCACCAGCUCUGUGACCAUGGCUCCCAGGGGCCGAGAACUUGUGGUGUUCUUCAGUCUGCGUGUGGCCAACAUGCCCUUCUCCAGUGACCUGUUCAACAAGAGCUCACUCGAGUACCAGGCUCUGGAGCAACGGUUCACGCAGCUGCUGGUUCCAUAUCUACGAUCCAAUCUCACCGGCUUUAAGCAGCUUGAAAUACUUAACUUCAGAAAUGGGAGUGUGAUCGUGAACAGUAAGAUGAGAUUUGCUAAGUCGGUGCCCUACAACCUCACCAAGGCAGUGCGAGGGGUCUUGGAGGAUUUCCGCUCUGCCGCAGCCCAACAGCUUGAUCUGGAAAUAGAUCGCUACUCUCUCGACGUCGAACCAGCCGAUCGAGCAGAUCCCUGCAAGUUCCUGGCCUGCGGCGAAUCCUUCCUGUGUGUGAGGAACGAGUGGACCGGGGAAGCCGAGUGUCGCUGCCGAGCGGGGGACCCGCGCCCCUGCGCCCCUGGAGAGGACUGCGAGGACGUCCUGGGGAAGGGGGCGCCCUGCAGGUCACCAGAUCAAUCUCAAAGUCAAGCAUAUGAACCUACUGUUAAAAAUGUCCAAUAUCAGCAAAAUAACAAGGUAAAUUCAUAUUUUUAUAUGUCAGUUUUAAUUACUGAAUUUGAAUUUUGAAGGAAAUUUCUGGGCCUGACUUACUUCAAAUAGAGAUAAGUAAAAGCGCUUUUCCUUUAUUUGCCAAGCUUUUAAAUUUAGUAUUUU